AUGGGAGGAAAUCGACAAAAUAAUUUACAAGAUAUUAGAAUAUGUUUGAAAAACAAUCUUUAUUCCCAAUCCAAGUUUGUUGGAAAUAUUAAGGAGAGAAAUCAAGUCCAAGAUUUGUUGCAAAGAACAGUUAAAUUUGGUGAAUCAAAUUCAGCAUUACUAAUAGGUCCAAAAAGUUCUGGAAAAACUAAAUUGAUCAAUGAUGUCAUUAAUGAAUUACAGAGUAAAUCAUCAUUUAAAAAGGAUUCUAUAUUAGUAAAAUUGAAUGGAAUGAUACACACUGAUGAUAGGUUAUCAUUGAAAAGUAUUACAUCACAAAUGAAUCUGGAAAACGUGGUAGAUGGAAAAGUUUUUGGAACCUUUGCUGAAAAUUUAUCUUUUCUCUUAGCUUGCCUCCGUACUGGAGAAAAACACACAUCAAGAAGUGUUGUGUUUAUUUUAGAAGAAUUUGAUCUAUUUUGUUUUCAUCACAAUCAAACCCUUCUUUAUAAUUUAUUUGAUAUUUCACAAUCGGCACAAGCUCCUAUUUGUAUUUUGGGUAUUACUUGUCGCCUUGAUGUAAUAGAACUCUUGGAAAAACGUGUAAAAUCUAGGUUUUCACACAGACAAAUAUUUUUAUUUCCAACUGAUAGUGAAAAAUCAUUGGAUUAUGCACUGGAAAAAUUAGAAUAUUAUUUAAUAAUAAGUGAAAAUUUUGGUUAUAAAAUAAAUCCAGAAGUAAAGAAUAAAUGGAAUUCAAAUGUACAUAAUAUUCUAAAAGAUAAAAAAUUUAAAAAUAUUAUUCAAAGACUGGUGGAAAUUGAUACAAGUGAAAGGACUUUAAAAAAUAUAUUGAUUAAUAUUAUUUACAAAUUGAAAGAAGAAUGUCUUACAGUAGAUAUGUUUCAAGAAGAAAUAAACACAUUAGAAAGAGAUGAUAUUUUAGUUACACUUCAGGACCUUAAUGUACUUGAACUUUGUCUUUUAAUAGCAAUGAAACACCAUUCUGAGAUUUAUGAGGGCCAGUCAAUGAAUUUUGAAAUGGUAUUCUCUAGAUAUAUAAAAUUUGUUAAAACAAAUUCUAAUAUACAGAGUGUUCCAAGGAGUGUUGUUAUGAAAGCGUUAGAGCAUUUACAGAGUUUAGAAUUAAUUGCCAUGAUCAAUGUUGGUGGUGGAGCAAAAACUCAAAAAGAAUAUCAAUUUUUUAAUUUGCUUGUGAUGCCUUCACAAGUUAAUGAAGCUAUAAAGAAAACUCCAGGAUUACCUACUGAAGUAGUUCAAUGGUCUAGUUCGUCUUAUGCUUAA